AUGGAAUCAGGGUUUAAAAAAUCGCGUGCACAUCCCGCCUCACACCCCCAAAGUUACACGUGGUUCCCCCAGCAACUCUUUUUAAGCACCAGAAAAUCUUUGUGCCAAAGCAAUGUGGGAAAAAGUUCCACAACGUACCAAGCACUUCUGCAUGAGUCCACGUCGUCAUCCUGGUCAUGCCGAUGGAUCCUCGACUCUUCCAACGGUACCCAACUCAACGCCACCAAGCUCCUCCCGGACAUCCCCUACGAUCUCCGCGACGGCGAUUCCAUCAAGAUCGGCGAGUACACCUCGAUCUUGGUCCAGAUCGACGGCCACGAAAAGAGCCAGCUGAGGCGGAACCCCAGGCGCCGAGCCGCCGAGAAAGAUGCGUGGGGCCGGGGAGGUACGGUUUCGAAGGAAAGCGAGGCUAAAUGUGAAGAGAAAGGUGAGGAGUUGCAGACUGGGAAUCGAAGGAACGCCCGGCCCAGGAAAGCUAGGGUUCUGAAGAGCGAAGACACAUCAGAAGAACUCCCUGAUCGGGAGUCGGAGAAUGUGAGACCCGUGGAACAGAGAGCGGAACGGCAAGUGAGUACGCGGCGCACUCGGAGCGCGAAGAAUGAGGAAUCAGUGGUUUCCGAUCCGAUACUCGAGACGAUUCCAGAGAAUUCCGGUGUUGAGUGUCGAGAAUUGGAGAUUAAGGGUAAGAAGACGCGGGGCGGGGCGAGGAGGAAGAGGAAUUUAGGUGAAGAGGCCCCAGAUUGUGCUCGAGUCGAUGCUUUGGAGGAUAAGGAGAAUUCGGAAGAAAAGAAUAGAAUUGAUGUCAAUAACGUCGCGGCAGUGGUUUCCAAUCCGAUACUCGAAGCGAUUCCAGAGAAUUCCGGUGUUGAGUGUGGAGAAUUGGAGAUUAAGGGUAAGAUGAAGCGGGGCGGGGCAAGGAGGAGGAAUUUAGGUGAAAGGGCGCCUGAUUGCAUCCAAGUCGAUGCUUCGGAGGAUGAGGAGAAUUUGGAAGAAAAGAAUAGAAUUGAUGUCGAUAAGGGCGCGGCGGUGAGCGAAGUUGAUGAGAAGGUGGGAAAUUGGGUGGAUUCUGGUGUUAAAGAAGAGGGGCUGGAUUUGGAGAAGAUGACGCUUGGGGAGUGCUUUGAUUAUAUGGAGGUGCAUUUGCCGAAACAGAUAAUCGAUGCGACUGAAGAGAUGAUUGAGGGUUUGAGACGGAAGGCCAAGCGAGUUCGUGAGUAUAUGGUGGAGCAGAGGAACAAGAAGGGCAAAGUGCCGGUGGGAUAGAGGGCAGAGCAGUUCGGUUUAUGUGGUAAUUGGUAGCUUAAUUGGCUUGAUGUUUUGAAUUUAUAUAUAUUGUGGAUUAUCUGUGCAAUAUCUGUGAAUGUGAUCAGAAUUAUCUCUGAGCCAUGCAUUUCCCACUUCACAUUUUGGAGAAUGUAGUGUUUUGAGUUGGUAAUCUUCUGCUUGGAGUCAUUGGUCUAGUUUAAGGUCAGUGUCGAGUCCACUUGGAAAGAUGGUUAGGUGUCUAGAACUUCUUCCUGAUAUCGGAACCAAGGAAUCUAGGUAAGGCUAUUAGACAAUUUUUGGAUCUAUGGGGUGGCUGUGUAGCUUAGGUCAGGUGCUUGCAAGGGUCCUCUGCCCUCAGGAUUCUAUGGGAAAGUGGUAAAAUUCUUACAAAUUCCAUUUGUUGCUGUAUAUUUUGGCUUUUAAUCUUAUGAAUGUGAUGAACAAGUUAAACUUUUGUAGGCUGUAAGUAUCAGAAAUUGGUGUUAUUUUGUUAAUCUACUACUGGAUUCU